GCUCCAGGAUGGCAGAGGAGAUGGCUGGAGAGCAGGGCCCCCGCAGCACCUUCAUCACAUACAUGGCUGAAGGGGACCAGCUUUACCACAAAGGGGAAUACGAUAAAGCUAAGGAGAGCUUCAGCAAUGCUUUGGAGUUACAACCCACUGACAAACGCUGCCUGGUUGCACGAUCCAAAUGUUUCUUAAAACUUGGGGAUCCAGAAGCAGCUUUAAAGGAUGCGGAAACCUCUCUGCAAGAUGACAGUGACUUUUUCAGGGGCCUGUAUCAGAAGGCAGAGGCUUUGUAUGACAUGGGAGACUUUGAGUUUGCCCUUGUUUUUUAUCAUAGAGGGAACAAACUACGUCCCGAACGUCAAGACUUUCGCCUAGGAAUUCAGAAAGCGAAGGAGGCCAUUGAAAACUCUGUUGGAACACCAGAGGUAGUUAGAGAUCUCAAUGAGUUGGAGCUUUCGUUUUUUCACAACAAGAAGGCUAAACAAAAAGCACCAGCAAAGGUCCCAAAAAAAGACCCUAAACAGCAAAAGAAAGCAGACCCUUCGAAAAGUCAAAAGACUACACGUCAGCUACUGGGGAAAAUAUACAAUGAUAUGGAGUAUCUGGAGACUCUACUAAAGGAUGAAGGCCUGGUGAAAGGAAACACACGUAGUGGGUUAAAGCUGCAAGACUUGAUCCUGAAUGCCAUUACCUAUCUGGAUACACGUACAGAGUUCUGGAGGCAGCAAAAGCCUAUCUAUGCACGUGAGCGGGACCGCAGGAUUAUGCAACAGAAGUGGAACAAACAACGGGCUAAACCAUCUGAUCCCCAUCAAUACGCCCUCAAGAGCAUGGAAGAGAUAGACUUGUUACUCUCCAAAGGAGAUGCAGAGGGAAGCUAUAAAAAGGCACGGCAAACCCUAAAGAAAAUCCAAAGGUGGAAUGAUGACAUGCCUAGUAAGCAGGAGCUAAUUGGAAAUCUACACAGUUGCAUAGGGAAUGCUCAAAUGGACAUGGGAGAAAUGGAAGAGGCUCUAAAAAGUCAUAAAAGGGAUCUGGAGAUGGCAAAACAAUGUGACUUACCUGAAGCAAAAUCACGAGCGCUGGAUAAUAUAGGAAGAGUAUAUGCACGGAUUGGGAAUUUUAAGGAAGCUGUAAAAGUGUGGGAAGAGAAAAUCCCACUGGCAACAUCGAACCUGGAGAAGACAUGGCUGUUUCAUGAAAUUGGGAGAUGUUAUUUAGAGCUGGAAAUGUUAGAGGAUGCAAGAAACUAUGGGGUGAAAUCUCAGGAGGAGGCAGAUGAAGCUGGAGAUGUCGAAUGGCAGCUCAAUGCCAGUGUCCUUGUGGCACAAUCACAUGCAAAACUGAAGGACUACCAGUCUGCUAUUUUCAACUUCGAAAAAGCAUUAGAAAAAGCAAAGAUUGUAAACAACAUGGAGGCAGAGCAAGCCAUCCUUACUGCCCUUGAAGAUGUAAAAAGAGAAAGUAAAGAGCUAUUGAAUUCAGAACAUAGUAACAAAGAUGAUUCUCAUGGAGGUAUGCCUGAAAAUGUAAUCUUUGGGUUGGAGAUCAGAGACCACACUCCUUGCCACAUCUCUUUCUGUUGA